GAGAGAGAUAGAGGGAAAAAGUUGAGAAAAAAAAGGGGUACGUACGAUUAAAUAUUACAAGUAGUUAGAGUAUCCGAUAAAAUAAGAGUAUGCCGCAUGAAGUAAAAUGAGAUGGCCACCGAGCAUGAAGAAGGAAAUUAAUGGUAGCGAGACAUCACUGAGACGCCUGGAGGCCAUGGGGGGUGGUAUAGAAGUUCAAGUCCUGCACCCCAUUUCUUCUGAGUACUCUCUCUCUUCCAUUUUUUAUCUCUCUUCUAUGACUCCUCGAUCUUUAAGUUCUUCUGAGAAUGGAGGUUCUUGCAAAGAUAUGCGUUUUCUGGAGACAUCUUUCAAUUUCGAUUCAGAGAUAGUUGUGAGAAGGAGAGAUAGUUUGUACCAAAAACUCAUGCUGAAAUACCAACAAUUACAACACAGAGUUGCUUCGCUCGAAACAGAGAAGGAGAAGAUUUUGAGGUACAAGCCUGGAGAUUGGCUUAUAGAAUCUCAUGGUAUGAGCAAAUAUGAUUAUGAGAUUCCUGAGGUGACUACACUUCUGUUGAUUGGUAAUAAGGGAUCAGGUAAAAGUACUCUUGUCAACAAUAUAUUAAAUUUGUUUGAAGAUGACAGAGUCACAUCACACAGAGCUCAAGUCUUCUAUGGAUCUUGUGGCCAAGGGACUAAGUAUUUCCGGGAAUACAUGGUACCCAAUUCUUCCUUUUGUGUGUAUGACAGCCAAGGUUUAUCAGGUCUUUCAUCAGAAGACUGCACUUGUCUUCAGCGAUGGAUGACAGAGGGAAUUCAACAUGGUGAACUGGGUGUAAGAAAAUUAGAUGAGCUACCAAAUUGGGGAUUCAGAAAAAAACCUGAAGGCCAAGAGGCCCAAUACAAAUGCCACUCACGCAAUGAGAAGAGGAUGGUCAAUUUUGUGAUAUUUGUAGUUGAUGCGCUUUUGGUAUUGAAAUCUAUGGGGAGCGGAGGGUCCUUUGGCAUGUGCUGUUCUAACAAUCUCUCCCAGGCCUUCAACUCUCCAUUCUUGGCAUUUAAAGAUGACAAACCUGUGUUGGUUGUUACUCAUGGUAAUGAGCUUGAAUUACAUGACCGUGUUCGAGUUUGCAUGUAUCUAGGAGAGUUGCUAGGCAUUCCACCAGAUAAACAAAUUUUUGAUAUCCCUGCAGAUAAUUGUGAUGAAGAAACCCAAUUGGUGAUACUGGAUAUGUUACGGUAUUCUCUUGAGCAUGCCGAUAGGAAUCUACCUUCUCGAAAGAUGGUUCGGAGCUGUCUAUCAAAGCCACAAAAAAAGGUGUCAUCACGCAUUUGCUGGCAAUCGAUGUCAAAACUGGUUCUCACUCGCAGCAUACUUUUUAUCUUGAGUCUUAUUCCUUUAGCUUUCUUAAUUUCAGACAUACAUCAAAUUAAAGAGCGAAAGGAAAGAAGGGAGUGGAAGGAUAUUCGACACUUAUGGUUAGGCUGAGAAGUCAUGGUCAUUGGAUGUUAACUCUCUCUCUCUCUCUCUCUCUCUCUCUCGCUGUUUGUGCAUGUACAUACAUGCAUGUGUGUGAUGUUUCUGAAUAAUAGAGGAUUUUCUCUACUGAUGUUUCAAUCUGCUUAUGAUUCAUCUCUAAAUUAAACAUGUAUAUAACUCUUAUGCAAUCUAAGCUUGUCAAUGUGAUGA